AUGCCUGGUAAUCGUAAAUAUAACAGUGGAAAAUCAAGUACAUUUAAAAAACUAGGAAAUGGUCAUAAAGCGUUUGAUAUAACAUAUGAAGAUGGUACGGGUGCCAGUGGAGUUUUUGUAAAGGAUACUGUUACGAUCGGUGGCAUAAAAGUUUUACAUCAAACAUUUGGUUCAGCUAAUAAAGUUGAUCAAGAUCGAUCAAAUGUUUACGAUGGUAUCUUAGGUUUAACAAUACCAAUAACAUCGGAUGAUAAAUCAAAAUCAGUAUUAUACAAUUUAUAUCAACAGAAAAAAAUUAAACAGCCAAUAUUUUCAUUUUAUUUAGCUGCAGAUCCAAGUGCAACAAUUGGUGGUGAAUUUAUUAUUGGCGGUAUUGAUAAAUCAAAAUAUAUUGGUAGAAUAACAUAUUUUCGCGCAUCUGUUAAAGAUAUGUAUCAAGCAACAUUCACGAGCAUCACAGUUAAUAAUCACCAGAUUUCAGAUUCCAAUCAGCAAUUUUAUCUUGAUACUGGUACAGCAUUUAUUAUAGGACCACCGAAACAAAUUCGUAAAUUACACCAACAAAUUGGUUUAACAUAUAAUGAUAAACUCGACGCUUAUGUUGUUAAUUGUGACGAUAAAUUAAAGUUACCAUCUGUUGUAUUUACAAUUGCAAAUCAACCGUUUCCUUUAACACCUGAACAAUAUAUUUAUACAAAUACUGAUGAUAACGAGAAUCCUUAUUGUGCUACCACAUUUGAGAGUGGUAGAAGUUAUGGAGCAAAUGGACAGAAUUUAUUGUGAAAUUAUUCAUAAAUAAUGAAGAUGAUGAUGAUCGUGAUCGAGAGGAAGCAGCAUAAAAAUGUGUGAAUGUAACACUUAAAUUGUGAAUAAAUUGUGUGGAUAUUAGGUGAUGUUUUCUUACGACGUUAUUAUUCAAUUUAUAAUAUGAAAACAAGUCAAAUGGGUUUAGCAAAAUCAAUUGCUUACGAUGAUUAGGAUUGGUUGAUUUGACUUCGAGUAUAUUUUUUAAGGGUAUCCCUUCUCUUAAUUGAUCGAAAAGUCGAGUUUUCAGAACUUUUUCAGUUAUACUGUGAAUUUUCUUAAUUCAGGAGCCAUUAGAGAUAAGUCACGACCGAUUACCGUGUAAUGCUGCGCAAUCUACCAUCUCAGAUUUCUUUUACCAUAGUGGGCUUCUCUAGAGCAAACGUUUUCAUGAAUUUUGGCGAAAAUUGCAGGUCCUAAAGUUGUUGCGUUGCUGAGAUAUUCAAUUUUUGCAAAGAGCCCGAAAACGCACUGAACUGAACUGAACUGAAUUUUUUGCAAAUAUGUUACAAUGAAAAAAUUCCGGCAUCUAACAAGACUGUCAAUGUAAAUUACGUACAACUCUGUAACAACAAAGUACUUAGACUUAAGAAUUCUAUCAUAACUGCUAGAUAGUAUCUAUUACAAAUUUACACCACCACGAGCUUCAGACAUGCUUCCGUUCUUUUACAGUAGAUGAUCCCGUGAGAGCGCAAAUUAUCGAUCCGGUCAUUUUGGCAAACGGUUUUGUCUCAGAAAACCGGGCGAAUUUCUCGCUCACCACGAUAUUGUUGGUAUACACCAGGUGUACUAUCAUGAGCCAUGGGAUUUUUGGAAUCUUUUAAAAUCCCGUGAAAAACGAAGUGAGGUUUCUGAAAAACCAUACCAUGAAAUUUUCAAUCGAAUUUGGGAUUUUCACAUCAGCCAUUUUAUAUCAAGUUACACACGCCAAGCUAUUUUUAACUAUUCGAUUAGUUUUAACUAAGUUUUAAAUUUUUCAAACACUAGUGUAUUACCAUGCAGAUAUAUAUGUAUGUUUUUAAGCAAUACUAGAAAUAAAAGCUUCUGAUUUCAUCAAAACUAAUCGAACAGUUAUAAAAGUAGCUUAAAAAAAUGUUAUGUUUAAUAUGUUUUUUGUAGAGAAUGAAACGACGAAUCUUUUAAAAGACAUUAAAAAACAUGUUCAACAUUUUAUUUAUAUACAGCAGAAAUAAAAGAAUAUAAGUGAAAUACUGCGAAGCUUCAAUUUCCGUUGCUCUGAAGCCUAAAACAUAACGAAAAGAUACUUAUUUUAAACAUGAUACUAUGCAUAAAAGUGGAAUCAAAACGUACGUUGCUUCCAAGUGUCGUCUUUCUUUUCAUGUAUUAAAGGUUGACACUGAACAUAUUUUUCUGAUACAAAAGGCUAUUUUACUACAGUAGUCUACCAAAGCAGAGGAACAUUUCCACCUUUUCGCCUUGUCACUGGAAAGGAAAUGGAGCUAUCACACUUCCUCUAUUGGGUGUAACAAAAGAGCUGUUUUGCUUUAAGAUAAGACAAGCUAGGCCUCAAAAUAUUUGAAUUGAUCGAUUUAUAAAAUCUUUCCCAAAUGCACCAAAGCUGCAGUUUGCAAACGGCGAUUUUUGAUAGAAUUGAUAUAAGCAAAUGCUUCCCCACAACCAAUUGCAAUUAUGAAGAGUUUUAAACAUACCAAAUUCAUUGAGCUUUUCAAAGGCAUCUUCACUUAUUCUGUAUCACAAAAUACAAAGAACUAGAACUGAAAAACUGUUUUGGGAGUUUGAAAGUAAUGGAAAUUGAAGCUUCGCAAUAUUUCACCUGUAUUCGUUUAUUUCUACGGUAUAUAAAUAAAACGUUGUAUAUGUUUUUUGAAAAUUGAAAUAGAUAAACGGAAAAUACUGAGACCGUCAUUCUUUGUGACCCAACCGUUAUAUAUCUGAUAUAACUGUGAUCACAUGAUGGGGAGAGAGUAUAAGAUUCUAGCGUAUUCUUUUUAGCCCUAUCUGAAGAACUAUCAAAUGUCUUGAAUGCCAAUAAUAACAAUUAUAUGAUGAUAUAGAUGGUGAAUUAUGAGCAUAAAGAUGCCG